AUGACGACGCAUUGGAACCGGCCUUUGAGCUGCACAUGGACGUACGUCUACGACAGCAACCUGCCGCCCGGGGUCUCGGAGCCGAUUGCGUAUCUGGAUCUAGAGCCCCUUCCCGGAGCUUCGACUCUGUCGUGCUAUCCCGAUGGCAUGUUCUAUGAUGGACGCACCGGCGUCUUCAGCCCUGCUACGUGCCCCUAUGGGUGGACGACGGUGUCUCUCGCGGUCAACACCGACCAGAGCGUCGAGGAAGCGACCACCACGGCUCUGUGCUGCUCGUCCGAAUACUCAUAUGCAGGUGGGCAUUGCAAGCGCCAGGUUCCCACGGUUCUGGCAGUCCCCAUCAUCUACAAUCACACUGCCGCCACAUACGACGUCUUGACCAACUCGACCACCACGCUCUACAGCGCCACCAUUGCCGUCAACACCAUUCGGGCGCUCUUCAGGGAGCGGGACAAGCCGCUGCUCGGCCUAACAGACGAGGAUGACAUCGACGACGAACCGCAGGACGACCGCGGACUCUCGCUGGGCGCCAAGAUCGGGAUCGGGGUUGGUGUCGCCCUGUUCGGCCUCUUCGCCAUGGGAGCAGGCAUCUUUCUCUAUUUAUGGGGGCGAGAGCGCAGGAAGAAGCGUUCCACAGGCCAGGCGUCGCACGAGCUUGGUGUCGUGCAGCGGACACAGGGGCAAAUGUACGGUGCUACCAGCUCGCCACUGGGCUCGCAUCCACGAGCAGCUCGUGCACACGAUGCCGAGCCGCCGCCCGCUUACGACUUUACGCCCGAAACCAACAGCGUCGCGGACGAUGAUGACGGCGGGAACGCGUCCGUGGCGCGAGACGGCGAGAUUCAGGUUCUGAUGGCCCAGAAGGCGGCUAUCCAGCGGCGUAUCGAAGAGUUGGAGAGGGUGUCGGGAGAAGAGAGUCGGGAGGAACCUCGUGAGAGGUGA